CGUCUGAUAGAGCCUUAUUGAGCUAAUAUGGCACCGAGGCCACAUGAAGGCGACUGGAUACAAGUCCAAUCCAGGAGAUGCAGAAGAAGAGGCCGUGUGUUCGAGCGAGACUACAGCAGCACGUCAUCCAGUCAUCCACACCACAUAGAUGGCGGCCACUGGGUCACAACACGGGGAGCGGAAACCAGAGCCCCCCCACAUAGAGUGCAGUCGGACGACCCAGACUUUACACAGAAGGUGCGUGUCAUUAAUAAACUCAUAAAAGCAGUGCACCACCUUAAUAAUGUAUCCAAAGAGGCUUAUCCUCCAUCCUUAUGCAGAAUAAGUCAAAAUCUAACUGCAAUCAUCAAACCCUCCUCUCCCAAUUUACAAACAUUGAGUCUCAUAGAGGGUAAUGCUGAAAACUGGGCCUACACCACCAUCCUGAUUCUGAGGGAACACUAUCAGAAUAACAUAGACUUGGAGCUGAACAGACUGUCCCAGCUCUCCACAGGAGGUUGGAGAGGACCCUUUGAGAUCGCCACCUGCUGGGCUAAGAGACACCUGGGCACGCGUUUGAAGCAAGAAACCCUGGACCGCUGCCAGAGAAUGCUCACCACCAGGUUAAAAGAACCGGUCCCCCCCUCUCCUCCUCACUCUGUUGCAGAACUCACAGAGGAACCAGAGGAACACCCAAGCUUCGAGCUGGCUCCAUCAUCUCCACCAGCAGCAAUCCAGCCUCUCUCUAUAAGACCACACAGCGCAGCAGAAGCACAUAAACGGUCCCCCAAGAAGACAAAGAAGAAACACACAGAAGGGGACAGCUCUCUACUGACUCCUCCUCCAUCACGAGAGAAGCCCACUCCUGCAGCAGAACCAUCUUCCAUCCUGGGGCUGCAGCCAGCAGAUGCUCAGCGUGUGUCACAGGAGCAAAGCAGCGAAGCUCCUCACUCCACCCCAGCGAGACGUGCAGCACAUUCUACAGCAGCUGUGCAGGUAUGCAGACCAAUGCGACAUGCCACCACCACCCACAAACUCCUAGACUGGCAUCUUCACAUACGUCAGGAGGUUGUCAUUAUGGGGGAUUCCAACAUUGGCAGACUUCCAGCUUUUAAGUCUGGCCACAUCCAGGUGGACAGCUUUCCUGAAGCCACAUGGCGUGAUGCGGAAUUCCUUCUGAAGAACGCCACCUGCCACACCUCACCAAGGACCCUUUUACUGUCCUUUGGCAUCCACCAGAGGACUCAUGAGGACAAGGAUGUCCCUGUGACUGAAAUGUUUCAAACAUUCAAAGUGGCAGAACAACUGUUUCCAGAUGCCACAAUUGUAAUCCCUAUGAUCGGAUACUCACCUCGUCUACCACAGCAACAAAAAGCAGUCCUUGACUAUAUGAACGAACACAUUGGAGAACUGUUUAAUCACAUCUACUUUUCAGAUGACUCCAUUGAGACAGAGCAGGACAAUGUGCACUGGACUGCCGACACAGCCGUGAGGAUGCUGAAACUCUGGAGUCCUUGGUUAAAAUAAUUCUCCCCCAUCAACCUGCUUCAGAGGGUGGGAAAAGACUGAAUUAGUGAUCUAAAAUUUAGAAUCCUUUGUCUUUGUUUCAGGACAGCUCCAGGUCAUAUAAAGAGCAAACCAGAGUUUUUCCCUCCUUGUCCACCAGAGUGUACUAACGAGUAACAAAUUCUAAUAUUAAUGUUUUGACAUGUCAUUUUUGGACUUACCAUGGCUUUUUGUCUUUCCUUUUAAUCAUUCCCCCUCAGGUACCCCUAAUCUCUCCAGAUGAUUACAUCUUUUAACCCUAACCCAGUUUAUUUUGAUCUCUAACCCUAACCAAAGAAUUUUUUGCCUCAAUUCUAACCCUAAUAUUCAUAAAACUUUGAACUCAUCCGUUUCAAUUUAGGGGUGGAAGGCGAUGCUGUGUUUUUAACCCUUCCUUACCUGCAGCGAUUUCCAGACAGGUUUCCUCAGCACAAGGGAACCCUGAAACACAAGGGCAUAAACCCUUUCCAGAGGAGAUGAGGGUGGAGCCAUGGUCGAGACAGAGAUGGCCCGUGCAUCAGGACCCCAUGCUCGGCAUGGGGUUCUUAAUUUUCUCACUCCUAAUCAGCCAGAGCCCUCUGAUUCUUUGCCAGGCUUCUUCCUUUUCUCCUCCAUCAUCUAACUCCAGUUGGAAGGACACAUGCUGCAAAUAUACAAUCAGUUCAAUUUUGAUUUAAAAGAAGAAAAAAGUAUUGGUUUAAAAGCAUUUUGUAAUGUCUGAUUGGUAACCUUACAAUAUAUGUUCAUGUUUUAUUGUUCAAAUAGUUUAAACAUGACUCCUUUUAUGUGUAAAUAGUUAAAAGUGAUUUUUUUUACAUGCAAGUACAAAAUGACAACAGUCAUUGAAUGUAACCCUCCGAGUUGGAAUAUUCCCAUACUCCGCCGGGCCAGUGGAGGGCGCACUCUGCCCAGAGACAAGCAGCGAUUGGUCACUGAAGGACCCAGGUGCAUUUUGGGUAUUGAUCCGUGUUGUUGACGGUGACUUGACUUUGAUCUCCAGACAGAGCGGACCUCACUCGGAGCGCAGCUGCAAUUGCAGGUUUUCAUACUCUAUUCGAAUUUAUUCAAAGCCAUUGCCUGAUGAAGACUCUUUACUGUUCGAAACGUUGCAACUUCGGCUUGUAUAUAGUUCUAUUUUAAACCUGAACGCUCCAUUAAUAAACCGAAAUUCAUCGGUGA